CGUCCUCGUCGUGUAUCCCUCUGCAGAGGGAUCGAAAAUCGGUCAUCCAAACAUCUGAGAAAAUGGCAAUGGCCCGGCAGUUUUAUUUUAGCAAAUAUACAAAUUUUCAUAAAAAUCACAUUAAAUUGUUUGCUGUUUAUAUGAAAACGGCAAAUCUAAUGCAAAAUUUCAACGUGCUAAAGCGUUCGCUUUAAAAAGAGACGAGACGAGUGAGCGAGAGGCGAGGAGGAAGCGAGGAGCAGCAGGAGUAGUAGUGGGAGUUAACGCCGUCGUCCUGCUGCCGCCGCCAACUUUCCUCCCCACCCAACUCCCCCCAAAAGACCCUUCCCUCACCACUCUGAGACAACAACUUUCGGGUCGUGUGUGUGUGUGUGUUUGUGUUUGUGUGUGUGUGCCUGAGCGUGUGUAAUAGAUAGUGUAUGUGUGCAAAAAAAAAAAAUUCUAUUAUUGUUGGAAAAUUAAAGAAAUUAAAAACUUUAGCCACCCAAAAAUUUGUUACUCAAAUUUGAAUAUGUGAAAUUAACGGUUACAAAAUUCAUAAAUUUAAUCCACAAAUUUCGCUUACUAAAGGCGUGUCCUGCAUAAUUAACAAUAACAAAAAGGCAAAAA